AUGCGUCAUGAUUCUCUUCUCCUCCUCUCUCCUCCUCCUCCUCCUCCUCCUCCUCCUCUCUCUCUCUGUGUAACAAGAGAAGCAACAUCCACCACUACCACUACAACAGCAGUGACGCUAGCGAUGACGCAGUCACUGCCACCGGCAAGCGAGAAGGCCAUUACACGGCUGCCGCAGUACUUUCCCACGCUGUGCAAGCAGUGCGCGACGCAGACGGACACCUUCUUCCGUUGCUUUGAGACGCAUGCAAUCAUGGCGGACGACCAUGAUGUGACGACGGCCAAAACGUCGCUACAGCACUGCCAGACGGAGCUGCGGGAGUACAUGACCUGCAUGGAGAAGUACUUGGCAGAGAAGAAUAAACCUUGGUGGAAAGUGUGGUAG